AUGGAGUAUGUCUUGUUUAGUUGUUUCAGAAAUGACACAAGUGAUACAAUAGCUGAAACUGAUUCACCCAAUUUGAUCUGCUUGCCCAUGCCUAACAAAUCUAGCUCUGUUGAUAUGGAAAAUCGUUUUAUAAAGCAAAUAAGCAUGGGAUUCAGUAAGGUAUGGACAGACCUAAAACAAUUUAGUUCUUCUGAUAAGGUAAAAAGUUAUUUCAGCCCAGAAUCGAUUAAAAGAUUGACAGAGAUAAAGCAGUGCUGUUCUGACCAUCAUUUAACCCUCUUUGAUGCCCAACCUAAUGAAAGAUGUGAUACGUGUUGCCGAUCCAUUUCAACUCCCUAUUACAACUGUCCGGAAUGCCACUUAAUUCUGCACAAAAGUUGUGCUAAGUUACCCUAUGCGAUACAACAUCCAUUACACAUACACCCAAUAACCCUCAAUGUUAAAAGUCACUUCAAAUGUAAAUUUUGCAAUCGCACAUAUCGUGACAUGUUUUCCUUCCAUUGCGACCGUUGUGAUCUCUAUGUUGAUAUCAGGUGUGCCUCCUACCCAAUUACCAUCAGACAUGAAGCUCACGAACACCUCCUCAAUUUUGAACAAAACUUUAAUUCUCUGUGCAGUGCAUGUUAUGAAGAUUGGACAAGGAUGGGGAGUUAUGAAGUUUGGACAAACAUAGGGUGUAAUCUAGAUUAUCAAGAUUGGACAAGGUUAAAUUUUCAAGAUUCGACAGAAUGCACAUUCAAAUGUAGAACUUGCCACUUCAAUCUCCACCUCGAAUGUGCAUUCCUGCCAAAAAAACUUAGACACAGAUAUGACAAACAUGACCUCAUCUUGACCUAUUCCCCAGUUGGAUUAAGGUCAGAUGAGUAUUACUGUGAAAUUUGUGAGGGAGAACUAAACCCAAAGCUCUGGUUCUACUACUGUUCGGAGUGCGACUACGCUUGUCAUUGUCAGGAGGCGAAGACCGUGCAAUCGGUUUUGGAAACCCACUGUGAGUAA